AUGUCUAAAAACGUCACACAAGCUGCCCUCAGUGUGCUGUCGCGAGUUCUGAAUCCGAGGCUGCUGGUAGUGCAGGGGUUAGUGGGGAUCUUUCUCUGCGUCAACUUCCUCAUGAUCUUCACCUUUUUCAAGAAAGAGGCCUUCCGUAGCAACGUGCGCUACAUCUUCUUCGCGCACACCCUCUUCUGCGACACGCUGUUCCUGGCGAUAUCCGACGCCCUUCUCGUCGUGAGCUUCACCAGGAUCCCGAUGCCCGCCGGGGUCUGCAUGAUCGUCUACGGCUUCGCCGGCGUCCUCAACUUCGCCACGCCCCUGACUCUCACCGCCAUGUGCGUGGAGCGCUACGUGGCCAUCUGCAUGCCCCUGCGGCACGCCGAAAUCGCCACCCCGCGCCGAGCGACGGGCUGCAUCUUCGUCAUCCACGCCCUGAGCUCCGUCAUGCAGGUCGUCAUCUUCUCCAUGGUGGUCUCCUCCGCCCCCGCCGGCUUCUACGCCGCGCCGCUGGACUGCAGCGUGGAGCAGCUGGUGGCGGUACGGUGGCAGCAGGAUCUCCGGUCGGCCCUGUCUCAGCUCUACUUCCUGCUCAUGUCUAUCACCAUAGCCUUCACCUAUUUCAGAAUCAUGGCGGCCGCCAGGGCGGCCUCCGCGGACGACAGGAAGUCCAGCGCCAAGGGUCUCAGGACCGUGCUCCUCCACGCCUUCCAGCUGCUCCUCUGCCUUAUCAUGCUGUGGCUGCCGUUUAUCGAGACGGCGGUUCUCGCAGUAGACUUCACGGUGUUCCUGCAGCUGAGAUAUUUUGACUAUGUCGCCUUCAUUCUUGCCCCCCGUUGCCUCAGCCCCCUGGUGUACGGUUUGAGGGAUGAAAAAUUUUUCCAGGUUUUGAAGAGCUACGCUCUUUUACGAUGCUGCAAGACAUUUCCCCCCACCAAAAUAUUUUCAAUUUCAGAAAAGUCUUAGAGAACACACACAUGUAUCCUUGCUUACCAGGGAAUUCCCCGUUUUUGGAAGUAACUGCAAUGACAUCAUGGUGACACAGCAGUGUAUGUUUUCAAAGCAAAAAGGCAAAUGAAAAUAUUUGAAACAGUGAACGUUGAAAUUAACCCGAAGGCACUGACUCUCUAGGGUUUUCAUCAUACUUGUUCCUGGUUAUGGUUAUACACUUUGCUGUACGUCGCUCUGGAUAAGAGCGUCUGCCAAAUGCCUGUAAUGUAAUGUAAUGUAAUGACAGUAGUUUCAGCUCGUUUGUUAAAAUCCUUAACUAGAGAGUGUUGUUUACUGCCCUGUCGUCUUUUCAUUAAAUUCCAGUAGAAUCAGGAGCUGAUAACAUUACUGGGUAGUUUGUCUUCAUUCAUUCGUUGUAACAAAUGAUGGGAAGAUUUGUCAUAGAAAAUUAAGAGUGUGACUAAUAAGAGAUCAAUUGAUCAUAACUCUUAUUUGCAGGGGCUGUUCAGUUGCAAUGAUAACUUUUGUUUGACUUUGGUGUCCAGUGAGCAUAAGGAAGUACAUGCAGUACAGGACUACUACAGAAAAACUAAUAUUGGGAACCCUAGUGAGAUUAAACUGCAGUAUGUGGUGUAUUGAGACCUUGCAGAAUCUAAUUCUAUGGAGGGCAUAACCUUCCGGCCUUCCACUGAUCUUAAAACGAGACAAUCAAGUUCAAAGUAAAUCGAAAUGGGGGGAAAAAUAAUACAAAUUUUAGAGAAUAUUGUUCAAAAACUGCAGGGUUUUUUUUUUUUUUUUUGCUGUGAAGAAUUAAGGAAAGAAAACUCCUAACUGAGUCUGACCAUUCUUUGCUUGUAUCACAUGCAGACGUUAGGGUUUGCAAAGGAUGGAGGGUAGAGGAGUCGUGCAGAUGUGGACAGAAAGGGAGACAGCCAAUCAGAGAGGUGGAAGGCUAUUGGUGAGGAGAGCCAACCAGCUGCAAAAGUCGCACAUCUCCACUGAGUAACCUUGUUUGUUCAACAAAAGAGCAAACAAGACAGUGUAAUUGGACUCUUGUGUCUGGGGUCGACUGUUAAUAAUUAAUGAAA